AUGAAAGGCCCAGAAAUUGAACUGGUGAAAAGAAAGAGAACUGAGGCCGCGAUGUCGACUCAAACCUCUGUUCCGGUAUAUAGCUUGAGUUUUCCGAAAUUCGUGCUAUUUGGCGAUUCCAUCACCGAGAGGUGUUUCAGCCAAUUUCCCUAUACAACCUACGUUAAUGAUGGGUUUGGAGAACCUGAGGUUUCAAAGGCAGAUCAAGAGAAGGCCCAAUUCGCGUUUGGUGCAGAAUUGAGUCAUCUCUAUAGGCGCAGAAUGAGUGUGAUUGCUCGCGGCUUCUCUGGAUAUAACACGGAACAAUGUCGCAUUAUUAUCCCCAAGAUAUUGCAGAUUGAGCACGACGCUUCUCCUGAGGGAUCCAAGGUCGAACUAUGCACCGUGUUUCUCGGCAGCAACGAUGCUGCCUCGGCAUACCCAGAUAAAGUCGAAUAUACCCGGUAUCUUGAAAACAUGGAGUUCAUCAUUGACGAGAUCAGAAAGAGAAAAAUUCGACCAAUCAUUGUUGGACCUACCCUUUAUGAUAGAGAGAGGUAUGAGAGACUAGAUGCGGUGGAGCUAGCCAAAGGUAUCUACAGAACGAGCCAAAUGAACAAAAAAUAUUCGGAAGGCUUAAAAGCCCUAUGCGCGCGCAUGGGUGUUCCGUUCGUGGAUCUUUAUUCUGCAUUUGAGAAACUCGUGAACGAGGGCUCUGAAACAAUGACGACUCUGCUGUUGGAUGGUAUCCAUUUUGCUGGACCAGGCAACAAAGUAUUGUACGAGGAGCUGGAAAAAGUGAUCAAGAAAUACUAUCCUGAAUGGCAUCCAAGCCAUGCAUCUUUUGGAGAGAGAUUGCCCCAAUGGGGUGAUGUGGAACUGAAAAAGUUAGACGAGAUUUUGGUGAGAUGA